ACUCCACGCCUUAAACAUGCAUGUACAUAUACUAGUACUACCCGCAAGCCCCACCACCAGUGUCUCAAUUCUCAUCCACCCCACACGAAAUUUCGCAUUUUUGUGCGUGUGUGUCUCUCAAAGUUCUUUCUUUCACAGUGUUUUGUAGCUGAUAAAGAUAGAGAAGAGGAACACUUGCAGAGAACUGAAAAGGGAAAGAAAAAAAAAAAGAGAAAAGCUUUUGAGUUGAGUAGUAUAUAAAAGAAUUAUGGGUUCAAAAGUAGGGAAUAACAAUUAUGAUUACUCUUUCAAGGUACUGUUGAUUGGUGAUUCUGGUGUUGGCAAAAGCAGCCUUCUUCUCAGUUUCAUUUCCAACUUUGUUCAUGACCUCUCUCCUACCAUUGGUGUGGAUUUUAAGAUCAAGCUGCUCACAAUUGGUGGGAAAAGAUUGAAGCUUACAAUUUGGGACACUGCUGGACAGGAAAGGUUUGGGACAUUAACAAGCUCCUACUACAGAGGUGCUCAUGGAAUUAUUCUUGUGUAUGAUGUGACACGGCGUGAAACCUUUACAAACUUGUCAGAUGUAUGGGCAAAGGAAGUACAGCUCUACUCCACUAAUCAGGAGUGUAUCAAGAUUCUACUGGGGAAUAAAGUUGAUAGGGAGAAUGAGAGGGCAGUAACAAGGGAAGAGGGGUUGGCUCUUGCACAGGAACAUAAAUGUUACUUCCUUGAAUGUAGUGCGAAAAAUAGAGAGAAUGUUCGGCAAUGCUUCGAAGAUCUCACACUAAAGUUACAGAUACUUGAGGUUCCAAGUUUAUUAGAAAAUGGAUCCUCAGUUGUGAAGAAACAAAUACAGAAGCAGGUGUACUCAAAAACUCAUAGUGGUGGUUGCUGCUCUUGAUCUAAAUGUUGCAUGCCAAGGUUCAACACCAAAAACUACAACUUGCUGCAACAAAACAGAAGACCUCAAGAAGUGGUAGAAUUGGCAUGCAGUUGAACCACAUCAUCUUAAGACAAUUUCACAAUCGGUUGGAAUGUAUGAUUAAACACUCGUCAGCAAACUUUGCAAGCCAUUUUCUCACUUCUAUAGUCAUGGGAAUUUCUGGGGUCUUGUAACAUCUUGUGGUUCAUGUAAAUAUGUAUCGUUGUUGAAUUUACUUGAUGCUGUUAGCCUGUUAGGUUUAGCUUGACAUUGAGUGAAUCAGAAACAUGUAAAAAGAAUAUAUGGAUCGUGAAGUGAAUAAUGGUUCUGUAUUCAAAACGGUUUCUAGUAUAUAAUAUGUUCAUGUAA